AUGGAACCCUCCCAGAUCUACGAUGACGUCCGUGAGCACUACAGCUCAGCAGCCCGCAGCACCCGCGUCAAGUACGGCGAGACCGUGGCAAAAUCCUUUGGCUACACCGCCGAUGAACUCACCAAUAUUCCCCAAGACGCCAACCUCGGCCUUAGCUGCGGCAAUCCCCUAGCUAUUGCCACGCUGAAAGAGGGCGAAACCGUAAUCGACCUCGGCAGCGGCGCAGGUUUUGACAUCUUCCUAGCCUCCACCAAAGUCGGUCCCUCCGGCCGCGCCAUCGGCAUUGACAUGAAUGACGACAUGCUCGCCCGCGCGAACCGCAUCAAAUCCACCCAACCUCCCCCAACCUCCCACAUCACCUUCCUCAAAGCCAAAAUCACCUCCAUCCCUCUCCCCUCCGACACAGCCGACUGCAUCAUCUCAAACUGCGUCAUCAACUUGGUCCCGCACGCCGACAAACCCACUGUUUUUCGCGAGAUGUAUCGGCUUUUGAAGCCCGGCGGACGGGUGGCCAUGUCGGAUAUCCUGGCGAAGAAGCCGUUGCCGGAGAAGUUGAGGGAGGAUAUGGCGAUGUAUGUGGGGUGUAUUGCGGGGGCGAGUGAGGUGGGGGAGUAUGAGGGGUGGUUGGAGGGGGUGGGGUUUGAAGAGGUGGUGAUUGUUGAUACUGGCGCCGAUCUCAAUGUUUACCUCGAGACGGGGGACGAUGGAGAGGCGAAGGGAAGUUGCUGUGCGCCUGCUGCACCAGCUUCUGGUGGUAGCGCGUGUUGUGCUCCGGCAGCUGUGGUCCCUGAGAAGACAGAUAUCAAUGAGUUCGCUGGUUCCUAUAAGAUCUUCGCUGUCAAGAACUGA